UGUGCUGCUUUGUUGCAGAAAAUUGACCUAAUACCAUGACCCCAUUCAAGACGAAAUUGUGUUGGGAAACGUAUCAAUAAGUAAGAAGGUUGCUGUAAUUUUACCAACAGUUCGGAAAUUUGUCAUCCUAACAUCAGUAAACCCUGAUCUUUUACUGUUAUCAACAAAGAGAACUUAACUGUGUCGAAGAAUGGGAGUAUUCACAUCUAACCAACUGGUUACAGUUGCUUCCAUCAUCGUUUUAACAUUAUUCUUCAACAAAGGACACUGCGAUUCAAUUUGUCCCAAUGGCAUGACGAACAUCACAGCCUCCAGUGGUGAGCUUGAAUAUCCUGAGUCAGGUACUUAUGGUAAGAAUGAGACCAAAUGUUGGAGCAUUACGGUUCCCGAAACUUAUUAUGGUAUUCGAUAUCGUUUUUCCAGGAUUGAUGUAGAAGUGUGCUCUGGUUGUGAGUGCGACUAUCUUCAAAGAGGAAAUUCCUACAACUAUUUGCACAUGCACUCUAAAUUAUGUGGACGAUAUAGUUACAACUAUUUACAGGGAUAUGUAUUCAACGUCUACUGGACAGAUGGAUUUACCAACGUUGUUUCUGGAUCAACGGUCUAUCUUCGCUUCGUGUCGGAUAAUACUGUACAUUACACAGGAUUUAAGUUGAGCUUCAUAGCCACAUCCAGGACAGCGGGUAGAGUUAACUAUCUGAAUGCAACCGAAGAUGAAACUAUUGAGUUUGGCACACCAAAAGUCGACAUUGAGAACUACCCCUCAAAUUACGCAGAACAGUGGAUUUUAAUUGUCCCUGAGGGACGGAAGGUCCAGAUAGACUUUGACAUAUUUGAACUGGAAGACAGUGAGGAUUGCAAAAAUGAUUAUGUUGAGUUCCGUGAAGCAUCCAUCAUGGUUGGUGAUCCUAAAAGAAUAUAUGGCCAUUUUGGUCCAAUCCUGACAGGACGCCUGUGUGGAAAUGCAAAGCUAAAAUCGAUACUGAGUCAAGGGAACAUGGUUUGGGUUCAGUUCCUGAGUGACAGAAACUCCACUACCGUAAACAAGGGAUUCAAAGCUUCUUUUAAAGCAGUACAGGGAAGCGGAUUGCCUGUAAGCCGUCCAAUGAUGCUUCUUUUUCUCUCAGCUUUGAUCGUGCAUGUGUCAAAGAACAACUUGUUGUAGUCCUGUCAAGUGUAUCCAGGAGAUGUCUUUUGUUCGCUGAAGUUAUAAAUUAUAUUCAUUUUGGUAAACUCUGAUUGUCGACUUAAAAAUUUAAAUAUCAAGGAUUUCGUGUAAAGUUUUGUCCCAGGAAUCUUUCUUUUAGAUCAUUUUUAUCUCUCAUCGGAUCGAAUUCAUCUGUGCGUUUUGCUUUUUUUUCCAUCUGCAUAAAUUUAGUACAAUAAAAACAAAAUUUAAUCGGUUUGAAAACCCUCAGACUUAAUAAAACUUGAACAACAUUAUGUGCAUCUUUGAAAUAAUUUAGUAGAUAAGCGUUUUUGGCCAAGCGUGAGGAGAAGAUGGCAGGAUAUUGUCACAGUUUUUUUUCUUUUUUUUUUUGCAUGUACUUUCCAAAAAUAAAGGACUCAAACGUGAA